UGUUCGCGCUCGCGCUCGUCUACUGCUGCAGAGAGUAGCGCUCGUGACGUCAUCCUGCCGGAGCGGCUGCUGGGCACGGGCGGAAAAUGGGCACAGAACUGCGAGGACAAAAGGUUUGGACUGUGAGGAAAACAGAUUAAGUGCCAGAAACAGGCCUAACUGCAGUCAAGACCUCAUUGGAGAUCUAAAUCAAGAACGUGUGACUCAGAAGGAGCAUGUGUGGUGAUCCCCUGUACCUUGCUCAGCCCGUAGCAAACCCAGCGCGUCUGAGAUGAGUGGUCCUCUUUGGUCCCCGGCCGCUGUCCCUGCCUGCUCUUGGCAGCGCUUGGUGGCGUGAGCAGAUUGCUCCAUCCUGGCAUCCACGGGAGCGUGGAAUGGCCUCUUUGGACCUGCCGUACCGUUGUCCUCGCUGUGGGGAACACAAGCGCUUUCGAAGUCUGUCCUCUCUGCGUGCCCAUCUGGAGUACAACCACACCUACGAGACCCUGUAUGUGCUGUCAAAGUCCAACAGCGUAUGCGAUGCCGCUGCACUGCUCCCCCUAGUGGCAGACGGAGCCCUCACUGCCGAAUCCCGUUUUCCAUACCGCGAACUGCCCUGUCCCGGUGAAGAGCUCAGGCUUGCGCCUUCGUCUACUGCAUGCUACCUGCCCAAUGUGGAGUUUCCUUUGGGCGAGAUCCUGGUGAAGACAGCCAUGAGCUCUGGCGACGCCUUGUCCUCCACAGGGAACAACGCUGUGGCGGUGGCCGCUAAUGUGGCUGCUAGUGCGGUGGAGGCAGCUUAUGAAGAGGGUCUGGCUCGGUUGAAAGCGCGAGCGUUUGAGAGGCUCGAGCUAGACGAAAGGCUCGAGAAGUUGUCGGAGGAGGUGGAGCAGAAGAUCGCAGCGCGUGUUGGCCGUCUGCAGGCGGAGCUGGAGAGGAAAAGCUUGGAGCUGGAAAAGGCAACGCUGGAGAGUGAGAGACUCAGUCAGGAGAAGCAAGACCUGGAGGACAAGGCCACAGAGCUUUCGCGGCAAGUUGACGUGUCUGUGGAGAUGCUGGCCAGCCUUAAGCAGGAUCUUGUUAACAAGGAGCAGGAGCUCUCACACAAACAACAAGAGGUGGCCCAUAUCGACCAGUUUCUGCAGGAAACAGCUGCACGUGAAGCCAAUGCUAAAGUGCGUCUUCAGCAGUUCAUCGAGGAGCUGUUGGACCGGGCUGACCGUGCUGAGAAACAGCUCCAGAUCAUCAGCAGCUGUGCCACCACCCCCAACGGCAGCCUGGGACACUGCAGUCUCCAGGGAUCCAAACACAAUGGACAACAGAGAAAUUCCAGUAUCUCUGGGGCAUCGAGGGGCAUGUACCAAGUGUCCGAUAGACGUUCCUCCCCCAGCACUGCCGUAUCAAGACGAGGGAAGACUGUGUCCCAGGGUUCAGGAGGUUAUGACAGUGACAGUGUGGACCUCCAUGCUCUGGAGGACUGCCCUGAUGCUCAAUACUACCACGUCCAGUGCCGGCUCGGAGAAGGAGGUGGAGGGUAUGAAAGGGUUGCUUCUCGCAGCUGGGGUCUCCGUAAACAGGCCAUCCAGAACUGGCAGCGCCGGCCGUACCGGAAUAGCACAGAGGGAGAGGAGGGCGACGUGUCUGAUGUAGGAUCCCGCACCACCGAGUCCGAGGCCGAGAUGUGGGAGCAAGACAGGAGAGAAAGCCAGCACGGGGGGAACCGUGGAGGAUACAGGCUAGCUACAGGGGUAUACAAGCCAUGUCGCCACGAGAAAAGCCCCUCUAAAUUGAACGAGGUGAUCAGUCCUGAGGUGCUGAAGAUACGUGCCGCUCUCUUCUGCAUCUUUACCUACCUGGAUAUGAAGACACUCCUGCGGGCGGCUGAAGUUUGCCGAGAUUGGAAGUUUGUGGCUCGUCACCCGGCCGUGUGGACCAGAGUCCUGCUGGAGAACGCUCGCAUCUCCUCAAAGUUCUUGUGCACUCUGGCUCAGUGGUGCACACAGACGCAUUCCCUCAUCCUCCAGAACCUCAAACCCCGGCAGAGGGGCAAAAAAGAGACAAAGGAGGAGUAUCUGAAGAGCACACGUGGGUGUCUCGAGGAGGGUCUGGAGGCUUUGUUGAAAGCUUCUGGCAGUAAUCUGCUCAUUCUGAAGGUGUCUCAUUGUCCGAAUCUAUUGACCGACCGCUCUCUGUGGUUGGCCAGCUGUUAUUGCAGGGCACUACAGGCUGUCACAUACAGGAGCGCGACGGACCCUGUUGGACAGGAAGUUAUCUGGGCGCUGGGAGCUGGCUGCAGAGACAUCAUCUCACUACAGGUGGCACCUUUACACCCAUGUCAGCAGCCAGCACGCUUCAGUAACCGGUGCCUGCAGACCAUUGGCAGAUGCUGGCCACACCUACGAGCGCUGGGUGUGGGCGGAGCCGGCUGUGGCUUACAGGGAUUGGCUUCUUUGGCGCGGAACUGCAUGAGGCUGCAGGUGCUAGAGUUGGACCACGUCAGUGAGAUCAAUCAGGAAGUGUCUGCUGAGAUGUGCCGAGAGGGACUGAAGGGUCUGGAGAUGCUGGUGCUCACCUCCACUCCUGUUACUCCCAAAGCCCUGCUUCACUUUAAUAGUGUGUGUCGUAACCUGAAAUCCAUAGUAGUCCAGAUCGGUAUAGAAGAUUACUUUGAAGACCCUAACAGUCCCGAGGCCAGAAAACUCUUUGAUGAAAUGGUGAACAAGCUGCAGGCACUCAAAAAAAGACCUGGUUUCUCCAAAAUCCUCCAUGUGAAGGCUGAUGGCUUGUGCUAGCUCUGCUGUGUUGCGGUUCACCGAUUAUUUCAACCUGAUCGAGUCAUUCCCUCCUUAAAUAAACGAGGAAGAAUCAUACACUUCCGCUUCAGUCAGACGCAACCAAAUAGAGGAGUAUGUAAAGAUAACACGUAACAAACUCUACAAGAAGGCAUAAUUACUCGGCAUGGCUGCCGUUCCAACAGUCAUCCAGUUACAGACUCUGGAUUUUUCUCCUACUUGCCAAACGCACUAAACUUUUUAUAAGAUCUCAGAGAAGCUCUCUCUUCAGAGCACUGAUGUGCAGGAGGGAACGGCCUCACAGUCGAGAUUGACCUGAAUCAUAAAAUCAAUGUGAAAUCCUAACAGCACAAAUUUAAAAUCCACAAGGGUAAGUUAGUAAUGUGGGAGUGUGUGUUUGUGUGAUCAGCUCGAUUGCUUCGCCGAUGUCCAGCAAAGAGGCGCAUUCGUUCAUUAGUUGUCACCUAAAAGUUUUACUCUUCGAACUGGAUGCGUCAGCCAGCCAUAUUACCAGGACAAGUAUCAACAUAACAAAAUCACCAGCUUCAGAUGUGGCUUACAGAGAGGGAAGCCAUGUCUCCAUAGAAAUUACUAUUACUUGCAGCUAUCUUGUGUGUACGAAAGCUGUUCGUGUUCCAGUCCUUUAGCCGUAUUACCAUGAACGGGGUUUGUUUCUCAUCAUUGGAUCUCUUGUUCCAGACAGAUUAGCAAUGCCUUCUCCAUGAUGUGCCAUCCAUAGCUCAGACCUUUUGUUUUCAAGGUUGAAUUUUGGUCAUUCCCAAUGUGCCAUUAGUCUUAAAGGUAUUAAGUCACGCCCUACAAGGUGUGCACUUAUCUAAAGGGAAUUUAAGAGGGAAUAGUGAGGGAUAGAGACAAGCUCAUGGUUCUGUCAAUCCAAUGCACACCAACUGUUUCGCCUCAGAUGUCAACGUCUCCAUCUCUUCCAUCAGAUGCUGUUCAAACUUCUAUAAAACUCGGGCUGGUGCCACUCAGUAGAUCAGUUCUCCAUCUGCUCUGUUGAUUUCAGAUGGUAUUUUCCAUGUUCCAAAGGUAGACACCACUGAAUGGACACCUUGCACAAUCAAAUAGAAGGGAUGAGUAUAAAUAUAUAGAGGUUUUAUAUUAGGUUCUUAUCAGAACUUCACUUCUGAAAUGCGUGGGUUAAGAUUUUGGCUUUGGUUCCUGGGAUAGAACUUUACCUGCUGGAACUGGGAAAUAAGUUAACAAUAGCCAUA